CUGCUCCAACAACAACCCCAGAUGUUCCAACAACAACCACAUCUGCUCCAACAACAACCACAGUUUUUCCCACAACAACCAUACAAGUUCCAAUGACAACUACAAUUGGGGCUACAACAACCACAGAUACUCCAACACCAACCACAACUGCUCCCACAUCAACCACACCUUCUCCAACAACAACCACAGCUGUUCCCACAACAACCACUGCUGCUCCCACAACAACCACAGCUGCUCCCACAACAACCACAGCUGUUCCCACAACAACCAUAGCUGCUCCAACAACAACCCCAGAUGUUCCAACAACAACCACAUCUGCUCCAACAACAACCACAGUUUUUCCCAAAACAACCAUACAAGUUCCAAUGACAACUACAAUUGGGGCUACAACAACCACAGAUACUCCAACACCAACCACAACUGCUCCCACAUCAACCACACCUUCUCCAACAACAACCACAGCUGCUCGCACAACAACAACAUCCUUCCCCACAUCUGCUCCCACAACCACCACAGCAGCUCCAACGACAACUACAAUUGGGGCUACAGCAACUACAGAUACUCCAACGACAACAACAACUGAUCCCACAUCAACCAUAGCUUCUCCAACAACAACCACAGCUGUUCCCACAACAACCACAGCUAGUCCGACAACAACCCCAGAUGUUCGAAACACAACCACAACUCUUCCAACAACAACAACAGCUGCUCCCACAACAAAAACAGAUACAUCCACAACAACCACAGCCAUCCCCUCAACACUCACUGCUGCUCCCACAACAACCACAGCAGCUUCAACGACAACUACAAUUGGGGCUACAACAACCACAGAUACUCCAAUAACAACCACAAUUGCUCCCACAUCAACCACAGCUUCUCCAACAACAACCACAGCUGUUCCCACAACAACCACUGCUGCUCCCACAACAACCACAGCUGCUCCCACAACAACCACAGCGGUUCCCACAACAACCCCAGCUGUUCCAACAACAACCCCAGAUGUUCCAACAACAACCACAUCUGCUCCAACAACAACCACAGUUUUUCCCACAACAGCCAUACAAGUUCCAACGACAACUACAAUUGGGGCUACAACAACCACAGAUACUCCAACAACAACCACAACUGCUCCCACAUCAACCACACCUUCUCCAACAACAACCACAGCUGCUCGCACAACAACAACAUCCUUCCCCACAUCUGCUCCCACAACAACCAAAGCAGCUCCAACGACAACUACAAUUGGGGCUACAGCAACUACAGAUACUCCAACGACAACGACAACUGCUCCCACAUCAACCAUAGCUUCUCCAACAACAACCACAGCUGUUCCCACAACAAACACAGAUACAUCCACAACAACCACAGCCAUCCCCUCAACACUCACUGCUGCUCCCACAACAACCACAGCAGCUUCAACGACAACUACAAUUGGGGCUACAACAACCACAGAUACUCCAACAACAACCACAAUUGCUCCCACAUCAACCACAGCUUCUCCAACAACCACAGCUGUUCCCACAACAACCACGGCUAGUCCGACAACAACCCCAGAUGUUCCAUCCACAACCACAAAUCUUCCAAUAACGACCACAGCUGCUCCCACAACAAACACAGAUACAACCACAACAACCACAGCCAUCCCCUCAACACUCAUUGCUGCUCCCACAACAACGACAGCAGCUCCAACGACAACUACAAUUGGGGCUACAACAACCACAGAUACUACAACAACAACCACAGCUGCUCCCACAUCAACCACAGCUUCUCCAACAACAAGCACAGCUGUUCCCACAUCAACCACAGUCGCUACUUCAAAAACCACUGCUGCUCCCACAACAACCAGAGCUGUUCCCACAACAACCCCAGCUGUUCCCACAACAACCACAGCUGCUCCCACAACAACCACAGCGGUUCCCACAACAACCACAGCUUCUCCAACAACAACCCCAGAUGUUCCAACAACAACCACAUCUGCUCCAACAACAACCACAGCUUCUCCCACAACAACCAUACAAGCUCCAACGACAACUGCAAUUGGGGCUACAACAACCACAGAUACUCCAACAACAACCACUACUGCUCCCACAUCAACCACACCUUCUCCAACAACAACCACAGCUGCUCGCACAACAACCACAUCCUUCCCCACAACACCCACAUCUGCUCCCACAACAACCACAGCAGCUCCAACGACAACUACAAUUGGGGAUACAGCAACUAUAGAUACUCCAACGACAACCACAACUGCUCCCACAUUAACCAUAGCUUCUCCAACAACAACCACAGCUGUUCCCACAACAACCACCGCUGCUCCCACAACAACCACAGUCGCUACUUCUAAAACCACAGCUGCUCCCACAACAACCACAGCUUCUCCAACAACAACCACAGAUGCUCCAACAACUACUAAAGUUGCUCUCACAACAACCCCAGCUGCUCCAACAACAAUCUCAGCUAUUCCCACAACAACCACAGCUGCUCCCACAACAACCACAGAAUCCCCCACAACCACAGUCGCUACUUCAAAAACCACAGCUGCUCCCACAGCAACCAUAGCUGCUCUCACAACAACCACAGCUUCUCUCACCACAACCACAGCUGUUCCAACAACAACCACAACUGCUCCAACAACAACCACAGCUGUUCUUACAACCACAGCUCUUCCCACAGCAACCACAGAAUCUCCCACAACAACCACAGCUACUCCCACAGCAACCACAGAAUCUCCCACAACAACCACAGAUGCUCCCACAACAACCACUGCUGCUCCCACAACAACCACAGCUGAUCCCACAACAACCACAGCUACUCUAACAACAACCACAGCUUUUCUGACCACAGUUACAACUGGUUCUUCAACCACUACCACAACACCGGCCCCUCCACCACCAGAGGUUAAGUUGGAGUUCAAAUUAGAGCAAAUCUUCACAGCAGAGUUGAAUAAUGCAUCUUCACCAGAGUUCCAAGCAUUAGUAACCAGUGUGGCUACAGAGCUGGACACAGUUUAUCGAAACAAAUAUGGAUCCAGUUUUAAUCGCACAGAGGUUCUAGGUUUCAGUCAAGGUUCGGUUGUGGUAGAUGCUAAGCUGAUAUUUAACAAUGCCAGCUCAGUCCCUGAGUCCAGUGCAGUGGUUGCAACCUUGAUAGAGAAUGUCUCAAGCAACAGCUCUUAUAUCUCUCUCCCACUGAACACAACUUCUAUCGUGGCAACAAGAGUCGUUUCAACCUCAGCUACAACUACUACUUCUACUCCAGAUCCUCCAAUAUCAACACCAUAUACGGUCAUGAACGCAACUUCGGCCCCCUCAAACAGGUCAACUACAAAUAUGGUUGUCAAUGCAGCAUCGGAUCCUGUGAACAUGUCAACAACACACAUAGUGCCCAAUGGAACAUCAGCGCCAAUACAUGUGUUAACAUCAGCCCAAAGUUCUGUCAAUGUCACAUCAGGACCUGUAACACAAAGCAAUACAACUUCAACACUAUCAACUACAACCCCUUCGUCGUUGUCAACUACCCCAAUAGUCAACACAACAGUUCCUUCAACUACACCCAUAGUCAACACAACAGCAACUCAAAAUACCCCAGUAGUCAACGCAACAACAUCUCCAACUACCAAUUUGACCGAAGUACUAACUACCCCAUUACCAACUAAGCCGGUAGCAACUACCCCAGUACCAACUAUCCAAGUGCCAACUACAACGGCAUCCCGUGCAACAGAGGCGCCACUGACCAGCCCACAACUGUCACUGCAGUUCAGCCUGAUAUCUAUCUUCACUAUCUCUCUGAGCAACAGCAGGUCACCAGAGUUCCUGGCUUUGGCAAAUCAUGUGACUACACAGCUGGAUAAUUUGUUCAAGGCUCAAUUUGGAGCCAGAUUCUUUCGAACUGUUGUCAAUAGUUUCAGGUCAGGGUCAAUUGUGGUGGAUUCUACGUUGAUAUUCAACAACAUCAGCUCAGUGCCUAACGAUAGCCUGGUAGCACAAACUUUACAAACUGCCAUUACUUCCAACACGUCUGGCCUGACCUUACCUAUCAAUUCAUCCUCCAUUGUGGUCACACGUGCUACUACAAUGACUAAUGCAACCACCUCCGCUGCAACAACUGCUGCUCCAACUGCAGAUGUCACCACGACCCCUCCGGCAGUGGCCAAAACCACCACCACCGCUGUUCCGGCAGCAACCACCACCACCGCUGUUCCGGCAGCAGCCACCACCACUGCAGUCGCACUAACUAACCCUCCAUCUUCUAGUGAAGGAACCCUGAUUCUUCGGUUCAGUCUCGAUGAGAAAUUCACCUCGGAUCUUGCCAACCCGUCCUCUUCAGCAUUCAAGGCUCUGGCUGGCAAAGUGGUCUCAGAGGUGAACAAGAUUUUUGCUAGAACCCCAAGCUUCCUUCGUUCCAUUGUCAACUCAUUCAAGAGUGGAUCUGUAGUUACCAACAUGACUCUCGUGUUCAGUAACAAAUCUUCGGUUCCCAGCGCAUGCAGCGCACAGGCAACUUUCACCAUCAGUUCCACCUCCCUGAACAUCCUACCGGGCAGCGUCAAUGUUGAGUCAUCAGUCAAUUCAGGAAGUGCACCCCGACCCACUGCCUUCUGUCUGGCUUUCUUGCCUCUCACUUUGGCACUGCUAAUGGUACAGUUGCUGGCUAACUAAUAGCCUGUGUCAUAGCUCCUAUGGCAUUUUUUCCACCAAUGAAUGGUUUUCCAGCUCUCAUAGAGACAGCCUUAUGAUUAAGGACCUGCUUUGGCAGAAGAAUACACAAUGGAUUGUGCCUGUGUUAAUUGGCUAAAUAUAUAUGUAUUUCAUGUACAUUCCCCCAAGUACAUACACAAACAAAACAAAACACACCUAAUUGUACAUUUUGAUGUCAAGUAUGAUAUUUGUGACAUUCCUUAAGAAAUCAUAUAGUUUUGCUAAUGAAUUUUAAAUGCAUAUACCUUUGCUUACAAGUGACUGUAUUUAUGCUUAACCAUAUAGACAUUACUUAUUUAUUUGCAUCUUGCACAUAGCAGCUUGCACAUGUUUUAUCUGUUAGAUUAAUACGGAAAAUAACUGAAAGAUUAGAAAACCGUUCCUACAACAUGUGACAUCCAAAUCCUAUUGUAAUUUUUUUUUUAUUGUGUUAUUUGAUCAUAGUUGCAUUUUUAAUCAUUAACUUAUUGUAACUACUUUAUAUCUGUUUUUAAAUUCACCAAGACCAAAUACCUUUAUGAUAAUUUUAUUUUGGGUCAUGUAAUUCGGUUGAAAAAAGUUUAUUUUUCUCAAAUGUUGUGCACAAAUUUGUUUUCAUCUCUGUUAGUGAGAAUUUAUCCUUUGCCAAGAUAAUCCACCCCCCCAUAACAGUUUUAGCAUAUGAACACUUUACAUCUUGCAUUUAUACGUUUGUUCAGUAUUCCUGUAAAUCUAUCUACUUAUCUGUCAUUAAAUAAACGUUUUGA